GGACCCGUCACCGCGGGCGGACGUCUGCCAAGUUGCAAGUUGAACUUUCUGUUACGUCACUCGAUAAUCGCCGGAGGGUGGAAUUCUGAUCGCGGAUAAAUAAGUGUCCUCUGAGGCUAUAUGAAAUUGGUUUAGUGGGAUGUUGUAUCGAUGGUAGAGGUGAAAUGGUGCGGCGGCGGGAAGCUAGGCGUGUGUCUUUCACGCAUCUGUGCGCCUCGCUAUUGUGGCUCGUCACCUGUUUUGACGGGCUGACCGCAGUGAAAAUUGUGAAAGUGGUAGUGCCGGAAAUAAUUCAGUAUGGCGUGCAGGAUGCCGUGAUCUUAGACUGUGAUUACACUUACGGUAAUAAUACUUCGGGUUUAGUGGUGAAAUGGUUUUUCAAGAACAAAGCGAGACCCGUGUACCAAUGGAUCGCGAGCCAGAAACCUCAAGAUAUGGGCAUCUUGAGAGGCCGCGUGGACUUAACAUAUAGGGCGUCUAAUGACCCGUUGAAAAUGCAUCGGGCCUUAAGGAUAGUUAAGCCUGAUACGGAGAUAUCUGGUGACUACACGUGCGUCGUGUCCACGUUCAUGGAGGAGGACUCUAGGACGAAACAAAUGACAGUUUUCGUUCCCGAGUCAAAUUUCCGCUUGAUCCAGAACAAGACGGACGACGACACGGUGAACGUAAUAUGCGCGGCGGAGGGCGCGUUCCCUGCGCCCAACUUGACGCUCGCCACGCCUGACAGGCGAUUGGAAGGCGUCUCCCACAGUCACAAGCUGGUCAACGGCAGAUACUCCGCCUUCGCCAUGAUCACGUUAAGAGAUGCUGAUCUACCCUCCCCAGCUGAGUUCAUCUGCACUCUUAGGAUCCCGCAAGCCAACUACGUAGUCCGGAAAGAAGCUAUUUACUAUCCAGGACCGAUCAGCACCACCCCCGAAAUGCCAACAGCAGCGGACAUGCAAUUAGCUGCGGCUGUAGGACGAUCGAAAGGUGCAACUUUUUAUAAAGCCGUGACAAUGCUGCUGCUUCCUGCGCUAGCUUUUGUUGUAACAUCGUAAAUGGACAACGAAGGUACAACUACAGCUAUUUUUAAAUUAAAGCUUACGAGUAAAUAAAUUUAACUAUUGUGCUAGUCAGGCCCAAAGUAAAAAGUGAACGUAAAACGGAC